CCAUCUUAUCUUCUUCGAACAAGUGAAUAAGAGGAAAAGAGAGAGAGUCUCCCCACUUGAGGAGACGCGUCAUCCCAACACAGCCACACAGCCUCCCAAUUGCUGCCAAGCCCCUCGGUGAUUGGCCACCCCCCUUUCCCUUCAUUCACUUAUUCACUGGAAAAACAACUGCCAGCAACUGUGAGAUUCUCACAGAGAGCCGCAUUCCAUCUUAUUGCUGCCUAGAUCCCAACAAACAACUUUACCUCUCUGUAACUGUCCACGCGGCGGCCUCCAGGCGUGUUGACAAUGGUCGCCAUCCUCUACUUUCGUCUCUAUUGCAAGAAGAAAGAAGAAGAAGAAGAAGAAGAAGAAGAAGAAGAAGAAGAAGAAGAAACCAUUCUUCAGGCCGCCGCCACAACCAACGAAAUGGCUACUGACACUCUCCAAAGCAACAACGAGAAUGAGAAACGUAGCACCACCUCAUGCUGCAACAAGUCAGGCCGCCGUCGUCGCAACUGGCCAUUUCUCUGGCUGACCGCCAUCCGUACCUGUCAACUGGCCUACUUUGCCCAUCUCCACGCCGUAGUCUUCUUGUUCGACCAGACUGGCUAUUACAAUGGCAUGUGGGCAUGGUACUCCUCCCCAGGUGACGAUGAGCGAUCAAAAGCCGGCAUGCGCUGGGCGCGGGCAUUGUCUCUCCUAAACCUAAUCUACAUCCUCAUAACCUUUAUCUUCUCCCUCAUGUUCCGCAACCUCGACCCCAAAAAGUGGCGCCUCUUCGGCAUCCACACCUUCUUCGGUGAUCUACUCAUGGCAUGGUCUCUCCUUCACAUCCUCCGAGUCUUGCAUCCUUCUUACACCAACUACUGCUACGAUGUCCCCCGCAAGUUUGACUACGAAAACCAAGGCAUCCUCACCUACCUUGGCAAAGGCCAAUUUAACAAAGAACGGUACCUAACCUGCGCCCUCCUCGACUCAAUCUUCACCCUCGGCGCCAUCCCCGCCUUGUCUCACAUCGCCUCCAUCAUCGCCACCACUUGCAACAUCCGCCGCGCCACCAACCAGCAACAGGUCGAGGUCUACCCCAAGGAGGAGGGUGCGGUCGACAUCGAGCAGGGCACGAUGAUCAUCCCGCCAGCUGCCGAGCCAUCCCGUUCCCAGUCUCCUGUCUCCUCAUUAUCCAGGGGUCCAUCACCACCGCCGUCGUACCGUUCCCGAUCCAGCUCUGGAGCAACAGAAGCCGGCCGUCCCCCAAGCUACAGGUCAGCGCCGUCAGUCAGAGCCCGAGCGUCAAUGGAGACCGUGUCGUCUGUUGAUCCUGAUUCCUAUCUUGUAUCUGAUGGGUGGAGGGCGCCGGAGCACCCACCAGUAUAUUCCAGCAGACCGCCAAGUUUGCGGGAUGGACAGGUUUAGUUUCUUUUGUUCUAGUGGUUUUCUUUUCUUAAUUAGCGGCAUGGUGCGAUGGUUCAGGCGUUAUGGGUUGGUAUUUUGAACAAAAACACCGUUUUGGCGUUGUAGAGAGCCCACAUCACAGCUCUUCUUGUGUAUCAUCAAACACACACUACCCAAGUAUAUAUAUAUAUACUGGGUUUAAUCAAGCACACUGAGACAUGCA